AUGGAACCAGAUGCUGGUCGGAUCAACGUAACUUUCCACGGUCUCGACCCCCACGACACCACCGCACUUGCCCAUCGGCUAAGGAACCUAUCCGUCGAUAGUGCCAUGCCCCUUCAAUACUGGCUUUGUGGGUUGCACCUGAACAAUCAGGAAAUAGGGAUGGGCCCGCACAUGGGGUGUAUGAAAUGCCACGACCAGAAGGAGUGCUGGCCGUCGAUCAGCACUUCAAGACGACUGACCAUGGGCUUCGGGUAUGGAUCAUCGCAGUCAAUUCGACUUCCGCAAGUCCUCCUCGCGAUUCUUCGCGCCAGCCAAUCCGACGACUCUCUCACUUCGACGAUUCCCUCACUCCGGGGCACCAUGUUCUUUCUAGAUGCCUUCGACACAGUCUUGACGGAGUUGUUCGGAUUUCAUCACGACGACAUCAGGUUGUCUUCCAGUGCUGAGCAUCAAGUUUCCAUCGCCAUCCACAGUCUACCAAUACGCUCACCAGCUGUCCCCAAACUCUCCCACAGCGCCGACUCUCCUUCCUCGCCGUCUUAUGAUGAGAAAUACGCGAUUGGCGUCACCAAGGGAUUUGACAAAGCCUUAGACGAGGAGCAUCUCCAAGAGACUCCUUCGUCUGAUAUUGGGCCCCUCACCAUCGUUGUCCGCGAUUUGACACGCUCACAAGAUUGUCAAACCCGCCCUCUGCUAUCACCUCGCAGAUCCCUGGCUGCUCUCUCUGGGUCCAGCCAUUCCUCGGCCACCAAAAGUAUUCAGGCAAGCGAGAAGACCUUGGACGGCCGCGAAUCCGACAAGGAGUCUCAGGGCAACGUGCGAACAACCUCUCAGCCUCCCGUACAAAGGCACAACGAACCCCCCGUGGGCGACUGUAAGACCAAAGGCCCCCCCAAAAGCGAUGUUACCUCGAAUCGUCGCCAGAAUUCUAUAAGCCAGUCGGAAGCCUUUCUCCACCAAAACUCAAACACCGACUGCGUUGACGAAAGCGCAAUUGAUGAUGAUUCCGAGUGGGAAGACUCGAUCAAGAAUGACAACAUCGACAACACGUCUAGCGUUGACGAGACUGGCAAAAGGUCUAGCAUUGACGAGGAGACCUUCUUUCAGCGUACCGACAACAACAGCAAGCUGACCUCGCGUCGCUCUCUUAUUACCAUGAUGGUGGUUGAGAUGGACAACCGCGGAGGGGUAGGGAAUGUAGCCUCUCGGUCUAUCUCAACACUUCCGUUUCGUACCAGCCACCCGGCCCCGCCUACCUUAGCCGUCUCUCCCAAUGAUUCCGACGACGCCCCAUUGAUAAUGAAGCGCGAUAACGGCUGGUCGCCUCUGAAGCCCAUCAUCGAGGUGCCACGGUCCGCUCCUUGGCCUAUCUCCAAGAAUGCCAGCCGUUGGUGCGAAGCCGUCCUCUCCCCCCGAACCACACGACGGUACAUGCUGGCGACAGAAAUGACCAACUCUGUCCGAUGGAACAUGCUUUGGGAGCGCGGGCAGAAGUCAGCUACUGCUAACGCAGUGCUCAAGCGCCGCCAUACCUCCCACGACGUCGCGAACCUGAAGCAGUAUCCCGAGAUCGCCCGGACAACCACGAGGAAGGAUGGUUUCAUCGAUGCCCUAUACCUCGCUUAUCACACAGGCGAUGAUUACAACACAAGGGGAUGGUGA